UGGCGCGGCCGGCGGUGUGAGUGCUAGUGGCCACGGCAGUGCAAACAGUGCGGGCAGCGGCGGCAGUGGCAGCAGCAGCAGCAGUGGCGGCAUCCUCGGGCUCUGUACCACCGCGCACCACGGGAGCGGUGACGCCCACAGUGGACGCAGGUCGGCGGGAGGCAGUGUGGGCAGUGGCGGCGGCGGCGGCACCAGUGGGAGGGAAAGCUCCGGUCCGGCCACUGCGACGUCGGGCGGCAGUGGGUCGGCGGCCCCGGCAGCCUCGGGGAGAAGUAGUAGCGGUGGUGGUGGUGGUGGAAGUGGCGGUGGCGGUGGCGGCGGUUUGCUAGCCGACCAUCCCUCGCAUCCGCACCACCAUCACCAUCACCAUGCCCACCCGCACCAGUCGGCGGGAGGGGGCGGCGGCGGCGGCGGCGGAGCGACGGGGGGCAGUGCUGGGGCGGCGGCGGCCGUGGCGGUGGCGGCGGCGGCAGCCGUCGCCGGCCUCCCCGUGCACACCUGCCAUGUACUGUGGCGUGACGUUUCACAACCAGAACAAGCUGACCCGCCACAUCCUCUCCCACUCGCUCGAGUCGCUCAAGUUCCGGGAGGCGACGCACCUGCUCCAUCCGCACCUCGCCUGCGGCACGAGCUGACGCAGGUGGCGCUCGCCGCCAGCAGGCCCAGUCGACGUCGCCGUCGCAGCUGCCGUCGCCCCACUACGGCCACCAUCGGGGCAGCGGGCGAUGGCCGAGCUGGAGCUGGCGGCCGUGCUCGCGUCCCAGUCGGGCGGCCUCGGCCUCGGCCGGUGGUGGGCGCGGGCGGCGUCAAUCCGCUCACCGGCGGCGGCGGUGGCGGCGGCGGCGGCGGCGGUGCCGGCGGGCUCGGCCCCGACCAGGGCGGCAACAGCGUGGUGCUGUGCAAGUUCUGCGGCAAGAGCUUCCCGGACGUGACGUCGCUGAUCACGCACCUGCCGGUGCACACGGGCGACCGGCCGUUCAAGUGCGAGUUCUGCGGCAAGGCGUUCAAGCUGCGGCACCACAUGAAGGACCACUGCCGAGUGCACACAGGCGAGCGGCCGUUUCGGUGCGGCAUGUGCGGCAAGACGUUCUCGCGCUCGACCAUACUGAAGGCGCACGAGAAGACGCACUAUCCAAAGUACGCGCGAAAGUUCCUGGCGUCCCCACCGCCGAUCGACGGGAAGGACGAUUCGCCCCAAUAG